AUGCGAGUUGAUGUUUUUGAUGAAAUGGUGUCUGAACAACUCAAGAGAAAUAUGGAAGCAAUAAACCAAGGUAGUGAAACUAACUUAAUCGAUUUCAAGAUUUCAGGUACAAAGUUCGUCAAAUCCACCAAGUGUUCAGAGGGGGGAACUGAAUCUGCACAAGUAUCAGAGGUAUCUUUCACCUCUGUAGAACCAACUGAACAGGAAGAGGAUGAACCAACACCAGAGAAUUUAAAUAGAAACGAGAGGGUAACACCACCAUCUUCUAUUAAGCUACCAAAAGUGGAGCUUAAAACGCUUCCAUCACAUCUGAGGUACGCAUUCGUAGGUGAAAAUAAUAUGUUGCCAAUUAUAAUCUCAAGCAAAUUGACAGAAUCACAAGAGCAGCAAGUGAUUCAAGUGGUGAAAAAUCAUAUUUUGGCAAUUGGAUGGCAAAUUUCUGACAUUCGUGGGAUUAGCCCAUCAGUGGUGAUGCAUAAAAUUCAUCUUGAAGAUGAAUCCAAGUCGUCAGCACAGCGACAGAGGAGGCUCAAUCCAAACAUGAAAGAAGUAGUUCACAAAGAGAUUGUGAAAUUACUUGAUGCUAGAAUUAUUUACCCCAUUUCUGACAGCCCAUGGGUGAGUCCCAUUCAAUGUGUUCCGAAAAAAAGGGGGAUGCCGUUUGGUCUUUGUAACGCACCAACAAUAUUUCAGCUAUGCAUGACCUCCAUAUUCUCAGACAUGAUGGAGGAUGUUAUGGAAGUUUUCAUGGAUGACUUCUCAGUAUUUGGAGAUUCUUUUGAAGGAUGUUUGAAGAAUCUCGAUCGAGUUAUAGCAAGAUGUGAAGAGACAAAUUUAGUGCUAAAUUGGGAGAAAUGCCACUUCAUGGUGGAAGAAGGAGUAGUCUUAGGGAACAAAAUUUCAAAGGAUGGCAUUGAGGUAGAUAGAGCGAAGACGGAAGUAAUCGAGAAACUUCCACCACCGACAACUGUUAAGGGAGUUCGUGCCUUUCUAGGGCAUGUUGGUUUUUAUCGUCGCUUUAUCAAAGAUUUUUCCUCAAUUGCUAGACCUCUUACUAAUUUGCUUCUGAAAGAUGCUCCUUUUGAUUUCCCUAAUGACUGUUUGCUAGCAUUUGAAAAGUUGAAGGAAGCUCUAGUCUCGGCACCAAUUAUCUCUUCGCCGGAUUGGGAGCUACCUUUUGAAUUGAUGUGCGAUGCUAGUGAUCAAGCUCUAGGAUGUGUUUUGGGGCAGAAAAAGGAUAAGAAACUGCACGUGAUCUAUUAUGCAAGCAGAACAAUGGCAGGGGCUUAG